GGAAAUAAUUAAUGAUGUAUAUAUUAUACAUAUGAGAAUCGCAAGAUACCGGGCAAAAGGCAGUUUUGGGUGCACAGCUAAUUUGUAUUAUUCAUUAUCACAUUUUUUUUUUCUUUGCUAUAUAUAUUAUAAAUACAUAUAUACAUACAUAUACUCAUUAUAUAUACAUGUGCCUAAACUUCCUUAUUUACUGACGAAUGGACCAAAAGAUGGAUAUUUGGCUUUCUUUUAUUUUGGUGCUAGUUUCUUUUCAUUAUUUCCCGUUUUCUUUAUUUUCGAUAUCAUUUCUUCAUUUUUCAAUAAGAAGAAAGCAAAAGAAGUUUUUCUAUUUUUUUCAAUUUUGAUUAAAGAAAAAAUAUAUAUUCACUUUUUUUAAUGACCAAUUUGUG